AUAACAGUAAGAAGGUUUGGGAAGACAGAGGCGCAGGUAGAAAUAAGGCCACACAAGGAAACAAUGAACCAAUAUACUGCCAGAAAUAGAGGACAAGUAAAAAGAACAACCUUGAGCAAACCUCUGACAGUGAACCACCUAUCAGAUACGCUCGCUACUAUUCAUCCUUCAAUAUGAAGACCGCUCCUUUCCUGGGAUGCCAAAAGGUAACAGGGUCGACCUUUCCACUACUGUCACGGUGGUCAAAGCGACAAUACACGGUCUGUAAAGGAUUUAAUUCGUCCUUCAUCAUGACAUAGAAUCGACAAGGCACCCACCCAAGGACAGUAGAGAGAACGACGUUUUUUCCGUAGUCAAACGUAAAUGCACGGUCCGCAGACAAUGAAAGAUCAUAACUUCCAAUCUCAUGCCCUGGAGCAUCCUGUUGAUAAAGGGGGGGGGGAAUAUCAUGCCAUUGUUUUCCAGGAUCCAGAUCGUCCGAGUGCCAGGAUGAAUGAGUGGGAGACAGACACUCUUGCCAGCCUUGGCACCAUCGAAAGGGAAGACAUGACCUGUGGUGGACGCAAGGUCAUAGCUCCCACAGGAUAAUUUUCGUUAUGUCUUCGCCUUUUCCCAAAAUCCAGGCCGUCCUGGAACAGGAUGGUGCAGAACAAGGUAGUCAAGCCUGCCCGAGUGAUCAUAGAUCGAAGACGAAGACGCGAGCUCUAGGGGACCUG